UUCAUUGCUUAUUGUUAAACUGCCGCGAUCGCACGCUAAAAAACUGUGCCCUGCAUGCUUAAUAUCAAAAAGUAUUUUUUAUGUAGAAUCUGUGUUUAAUUUUGAUUUCUUGUGAAUUAACUGUUACAAAGCGGUUCAACCAACAAACCAAAGUUAAAGAAAGUGUUUGUCUUAAGUUUUAUUCUUCGCAGAUACGGAAGUAAAUUAAGAACAAAAUAAUAUGGCUGGUUUUGAAUACAAACUUGGAGUUAACGAACUCAAAUCAAAGAACGAACGUUUAUGGCAAGCAUUAAUUGGGGAAUUUCUGGGCAAUUUCAUUCUAAACUUUUUCGCUGUCGGAGCCUGUACACAACCACAAGAUGGACUUUUCAAGGCAAUGGCUUUUGGUCUUGGAGUUUUCAUGGCAAUUACGAUUGUGGGUCAUGUUAGUGGAGGUCACGUCAAUCCCGCCGUGACGAUGGGUAUGCUCGUUGCUGGCCGUAUAAGUGUUGUUCGAAGCGCUUUGUACAUCUUAUUCCAAUGUGUCGGAGCGACAGCUGGCACAGCAGCUAUUAAGACACUUCUUGAUGAGCAAUACCAUAAUGGUCUGGGUCAUACAAGUUUGGCACCGAACACUACUCCUCUUCAAGGUUUAGGAAUUGAAUUUUUCCUUGGCCUCGUUUUGGUAUUGACAGUCUUUGGAGCCUGUGAUCCACAUAAACCAGAUUCGCGUUACACUGCUCCCUUGGCCAUUGGUCUCUCUGUAACACUUGGCCAUUUGGGAACAAUUGGUUAUACUGGCGCCAGCAUGAAUCCAGCCCGUACCGUUGGAACUGCCAUAAUGACCAACAACUGGAGCAACCACUGGAUUUACUGGGUGGGACCAAUCAUGGGUGGAAUUGCCGCCGCUCUUGUCUACACACAAGCCCUGGAACAACCUCCACCACCGGUAAGCAUCCUCUCGUCCGAAAAAUACAAGACGCAUGCUGACGAGCGUGAGAUGAAGAAACUGGAGAGUGCGCGUGAUUAUGCUUAAGGAAACUUUCAAGUUGAAUCUUUUAUUUCUUGUUUGAAACAAAAGCAUGUCCAAUAUAUCUCUGGAGCUAUAUCACUUAAAUUCCUUUGAAAGGAAAUAAAAAGUCCAAUAUACGAAACAGAACUCUAAAGUAUUCAAAACAAAAAAAAAACACCAACCGAAAAACAAAAGUUGUAUCUACAGCGCUAUAUUUAUAUUUUUUUGAUGUUUUAUGUUAUUUAACCUUUUUUUUAUUUAUGUUUUACUAUCUUGAAUCUUCUUGCGUAAUUUGUUUAGCAGUAAAAAUAAAAAUAAAAUAAACAACCAAUAUUUUAGUUGUAAGAAAAAACAUUUUCACUGUCAAACAUCAAAAUGUAACUUUUUUAUACAUAAUAAUUUUUACUGAUUUAAAUCUAUCUAUGAUGUAAUAUAAUGUAAUAUAAGCAAUA